UCACGCCAAGCGCGGCGCGCGGGGUGGGGGCGCAGCCGCUGGCGAGCGCGGGCGCUCAGAUCUCGGCGCGGCGAUGGGGGCGGCGGCUGCCGAGGCGAACCGGACGCUGUUCGUGGGGAACCUGGACCCCAAGGUCACCGAGGAGCUCAUCUUCGAGCUCUUCCACCAGGCGGGUCCCGUGAUCACCGUGAAGAUCCCGAAGGACCGGGAUGGACGGCCCAAGCAGUUCGCCUUCGUCAAUUUCAAGCACGAGGAGUCGGUGCCGUACGGACUGCGGCUGCUCAACGGGAUCAAGCUGUACGGGCGGCCCAUGCGCAUCCAGUUCCGAUCAGGGAGCAGUCAUGCAGCCCAGGAUAUCAAUCCAUCCUGUCCCCCGCUCACAGCUGCUGGCACCAGCCCUCCUGGGAUGCCUCAUCCAGCAUCCAACUGCAGCAGGUAUGAGAGGGUUCCAGAUGGCAUGGCCGCACCAGGGUUCCCGUCGAGCCUGCAGAGACAAGCAGUGAUGAACAGUGUGGCUCGGCAGCAACCGCAGUUUGGGGGGAAAUAUGAGCAGCCCGGCUUUGCCCCUCCUGGCUACCCGCACUCCUUCCACGCCCCUCCGGGCUCCCCGGGGCCGCGGCGCUCUGAGGGGCCGGCCCUGCGCAAGGGCCGGCUGGGUGCCCACCCCUACCCCCCAGACACCCGCCACUUCGGCCGCGAGCGCUUUGGGGAGCGCGGCCCCGACUACGGCCGGGGCAAACGGGAUGAGUACGGCUUUGAUGAGAGGGGCCACGACGCCGAGCACCACUACCGGGGCGGCCGGGAGGAGCACUACGACGACAGGCACCGGGACGGCUGGAGCUACGACUACCGCAGGGAGAGCUACAGAGAGGCCAAGUGGCACUCAUCGCGGCAUUGAUGGUCUCGAGGGCAAAGCAAAUGUGACCUGUUUCUCACUGAAUACAUGUAUAAAUCCCCCCCAAAACCCCCAGUGAAGUCACCUUUUAGUGUUUGUAAAAAUACCAGCAGUGCAGUCCUGCCAAACUCUGGUCUCAGUAUUAAAUGUCUUAACUCACA